AUGAUUGGUGCUAGCAGUAAUUAUGGCGAGAUUAAGGAACCGUCCGCUAGUAAUAAACAUCCUUGGUUUGGUGGUAAAUUCAAAAAUUUUGUUGUCUUCGGAGACAGCUACACUGAUGAAACACGAUUGGACUAUUUCACAACUCAUAACAAUACGCCUCCACCAGUGGGCUUACCGCUUCCUGAAUCCCUUGAUGCAUCCGAUGGCGGGCGCGUCUGGCCUAGAUAUGUUAGCAAAUAUUCAGGUGCUAAGCUUUACAAUUACGCGAUCGCUGGUGGCAUAUGCACAACAAGUAUCGUGCCACAAGCCAGAGCAACUCCUAAAGAUCUUUAUGCCGCUAUUUUAGAAACGGAGAUACCUACUUGGCUCGCUGAGUCUCAUUUAACGAGUGCCCUCUCACCACAUGAAAAGUUUUACACUGGUUCUGCGGACGAUACUCUCUAUGCUAUGUGGAUUGGCGUCAAUGACGUUGGCAAAAAGAACAUAUUUAUUGACAGCCAGACGCCUGGAACGUCUCUCACAACCUUUACUGAUUGUGUGUUCACCGCUUUUGACAGCAUCUACAAAAAUGGAGGGCGGAAAUUUGUGCUGAUGAAUGUACCGCCGCUUGAGCUGCAUCCAAUUUACGCAACACCUGAAAAUAUGGGAGUUCCCCCAGGUUCACCAGAUUGGCCAAAUAAGCCAUCAAACCUAACCGAGGUCUCUUUCAAGAUGUAUGAAUACACGCGUGCGGUGAAUGAGAUCAUUAAGUUCCAAGUCCCAUUCCAGCAACUUGUUGCUAAGAGAUAUCCUGGUGCUAAGUGGGCAAUCUAUGAUGUAAACUCUUUGUUUAAAGACAUCCACCAGAGCCCAGGAAAAUAUCUAAACGGCACAACACCUCUUAACGUACUUGACUAUAUACACCAUUGCCAAGCUGGCGGAACAAAUUGCACAAAUUUACCGGGCGAUCCAGAUUCUUACAUGUUCUAUGAUUCACUUCAUCCUUCUGAACAAGUCCACCGCAUAGUAGCCCAAAACUUCAUGGACGUUAUCAGCGGGGGGAGUAAAUUUGCAACGUAUUGGUAG